AUGAACAUGAAUGAGCUGGUGCGAGUGGGUACCCUGCCUCAAUCCAAGCUCCCAGCACCAAAUGCCACCUACAAAACAGCAUCCUCCUAUGUUGAGGCCCUUGCAAAUCUCAACAUCCAGCUUUCGAUAUGUCAGAGGAAUGAUGCUAUAGAGUCUGCAAAUGACUGUCGCCGGAAAUUUGUGGCUAGGCAGCUUUUCUAUAAGCUUGCUAAGGACAAAAAGCCCACAAAGUUUGAGAAUGGGCCAUUUAAACUAUGGUGCGAUGAUUUGCGACCUGCAAAAAUCCUUCUCAAUAAUGAUCUGCAGAUUGUUGGUGUUGUGGAUUGGGAGUUUACAUAUGCUGCACCGGUCGAGUUUUCCUAUGCACCACCCUGGUGGCUGCUUAUUGAAACUCCAGAAUCCUGGGGAAAGGGCCUUGAUGACUGGACACAAGUGUUUGACUACUGUUUGAAGACUUUUUUCAAAGCCAUGAGGAAACAAAACGAUGGUCAGUUUCUGGCAGACCGUAUGCAGGAUAGCUGGGAAAGUGGCGAUUUCUGGGUUGUGUAUGCUCUAUUGCACAGCUUUGCAUUCGAUGCCAUAUAUUGGCAGAAGAUUGAUACUCGGCUCUUUGGGCCGACUGUGAGCAGCCCUGAGGAUGCAUGGAAGGAGCAAUUAGCCCUGUUGGAUGAGGAGGAGAUAAAUGACAUGGAGAAGCUGGUGUCUCGUAAAAUGGAGGAGAUGAACAGCAGGCCAUUGGCAUGGGAUCCAGAUGACUACACCGAAGAAUUCCAACAGAAGCUGAGGAGAAGAAGAAAAGAGGAAGAUGAAGCAAAAGAUCAGAAAAAAGAAGUGUAA